AGGCGAGCUAAAUGCACCCGAGUGAUCCCGGAGAAGCAGAGAAGAGAGAAUAACUUCCCACCUUUGUUCUUGCCUUACGAGCACGCUCUCUGUGGACUCUGUCUCAGCUCACCCUCGUACUGUUAGUUAUUGCAUUUAGCCACCGAUCUCAGGUGCAGUAAAACAGUGAAACACGAAGAGGAAAGAAGAAAGAGGGAGAGAUAACGAAAGCGAAGCAGCAUAAUUAUUACAAAGUUUGUGUCAGAGGCAGAAACCAUGAGAAGAGGCUUCUGAAGACGACUUCUCUGAAUAACAUUGCGGCUAACCUUCAGGACAUUUGUAUGUGUGUGUGGGUAUAUGUGUGCACGCCUCUUUCAUUUUCAAAGGACUUGUAUUUGGAUGCGGAUUUAGCCUUUUCAUUAUGACUCUGCGAGGAGGCUUUGAGAGAGCUUGGAUUGGCUGCAACAGAGGUGUCUGCUGCCGAGUGUUGCUGCUGGCUUGUUAUUUCACGAUCGCCUUGGCAGCCAAACCCAAAAUGCCAGGCCACACACACCUCAACUCAAUACGCAUUGAUGGGGACAUAUCGCUAGGUGGGCUGUUCCCUGUGCAUGCUAGAGGAAACGAUGGCAAAGCCUGUGGGGAGCUGAAGAAGGAAAAAGGGAUCCACAGGCUGGAGGCCAUGUUAUUUGCCCUGGAUCGUAUCAAUAAUGACAAUGAGCUGCUGCCUAAUAUCACUCUGGGGGCUCGCAUCCUUGACACCUGCUCCCGGGACACCCAUGCUCUGGAGCAGUCGCUGACAUUUGUCCAGGCCCUGAUUGAGAAAGACUCAACUGAUGUCAAGUGUCUCAGCGGCGGCCCGCCCAUCAUCACUAAGCCUGAGAGAGUGGUGGGAGUGAUUGGUGCCUCCGCCAGCUCCGUGUCAAUCAUGGUAGCCAACAUUUUGCGUCUCUUCAAGAUUCCUCAGGUGAGCUACGCCUCCACAGCUCCAGAGCUAAGUGACAACACCCGCUACGACUUCUUCUCCCGGGUGGUGCCCCCAGACACCUACCAGGCUCAGGCCAUGGUGGACAUUGUCAAAGCCAUGCGCUGGAACUACGUCUCCACUGUAGCCUCUGAGGGAAACUAUGGGGAAAGUGGAGUGGACGCCUUUAUUCAAAAGUCUCGAGAGGAUGGUGGUCUGUGCAUUUCCCAGUCUGUGAAAAUACCCCGAGAACCGAGACCUGGAGAGUUUGACAAGAUAAUUCGCAGGCUGAGUGAGAACCCUAAUGCCCGAGUGGUCAUUAUCUUUGCCAACGAGGACGACAUCCGGCGGCUCCUCAAUGCAGCGAAGAAGGCCAAUCAAACCGGCCAUUUCAUCUGGGUAGGUUCAGACAGCUGGGGCUCCAAAAUCUCCCCCAUACUGAACCAGGAAGAAAUGGCAGAAGGAGCCGUCACUAUCCUACCCAAACGGCAAUCCAUAAGAGGUUUUGAUCGCUACUUCAUCAGCCGAACCUUAGAGAAUAACAGAAGGAACAUCUGGUUUGCAGAGUUCUGGGAAAAUAACUUCCAAUGCAAGCUCAGCCGGCACGCGGUGAAGAAAGGAUCUGGCAUCAAGAAAUGCACAAACCAUGAGCGGAUCGGGAAAGACUCAUCCUACGAACAAGAGGGGAAGGUUCAGUUUGUGAUUGACGCAAUUUACGCCAUGGCUCAUGCUCUACAUAACAUGCACAAAGACCUGUGCCCUGGAAAAGUGGGCCUUUGCUCAAGGAUGGAAACCAUUAACGGCACUCUGCUACUCAAGUACAUCCGAAACGUCAACUUCACAGGAAUUGCUGGCACCCCGGUGAUCUUUAACGUGAACGGAGAUGCUCCCGGACGCUAUGAAAUCUACCAAUACCAGAUCACAAACAACAACACAGAGUACAAGAUCAUCGGUCACUGGACAGACCAGCUCUACUUAGACACUGAUGAGAUGCAGUGGCCUGGUGCAACACAAGAAGUCCCCUCCUCCAUCUGCAGCCAGCCCUGCCGCCUCGGGCAGCGCAAGAAGACGGUAAAGGGAAUCCCCUGUUGUUGGCACUGUGAGAAUUGUGAUGGCUACCAGUAUCAGGCAGACACUUACACCUGCAAGAUGUGCCGCUUCGAUUUGCGGCCUAAUGCAAACCACACUGGCUGCGAUCCCAUUCCCAUUGUCAAGCUGGAGUGGAGCUCCCCGUGGGCGGUGAUCCCUGUCCUCAUCGCUGUCCUGGGCAUCAUGGCUACCCUGUUUGUGGUCGUGUCCUUUGUACGCUACAAUGACACACCCAUUGUUAAGGCAUCGGGUCGAGAACUGAGCUACGUGCUGCUGACGGGUAUUUUCCUCUGCUAUGCUACAACAUUCCUCAUGAUCUCCACUCCUGAUGUGGUUAUAUGCUCCCUGCGAAGGAUUUUCCUCGGCCUGGGUAUGAGUAUAAGCUACGCCGCACUGCUCACCAAGACAAAUCGUAUCUACAGGAUUUUUGAGCAGGGCAAGAUGUCAGUCAGUGCCCCUCGAUUUAUCUCCCCUGCCUCGCAGUUAGUCAUCACAUUCAGCCUGAUAUCAGUUCAGCUCCUCGGAGUGUGCAUCUGGUUUGGUGUCGACCCGUCGCAAGCCAUCAUCGACUACGAGGAUCAGCGUACAGCCAAUCCUAAAAUGGCCCGUGGCGUUCUGAAAUGUGACAUAUCAGACCUCUCCCUCAUCUGUCUGCUAGGUUUCAGCAUGCUGCUCAUGGUCACCUGCACAGUUUAUGCCAUCAAGACCAGAGGGGUUCCCGAGACGUUCAACGAGGCCAAGCCCAUCGGCUUCACCAUGUACACCACCUGCAUUGUAUGGCUUGCCUUCAUCCCCAUCUUCUUUGGGACCUCACAGUCAGCAGAAAAGAUGUAUAUCCAGACCACAACCCUGACCAUCUCUGUAAGCCUCAGUGCGUCGGUCUCUCUAGGAAUGCUCUACAUGCCGAAGGUCUAUGUCGUUCUCUUCCACCCGGAGCAGAAUGUACCCAAGCGCAAACGCAGCCUGAAGGCUGUGGUCACUGCAGCCACCAUGUCCAACAAGUUCAACCCCAAAGGAGGCCUGAGACCCAACGGAGAGGCAAAGUCCGAACUAUGUGAAAGUCUUGAAACACAAGCGCUGGCUUCCAAGCAGACAUACAUAAGCUACAGUAACCAUGCCACCUAAGCCGGAAAAGGAACAGAGGAAGCGGAGCCAGGGCCUGCCUGAGGAGAAAUCACCUGAUUGUGGGGAAUACUGGGGAUAUACUGGAGGACUUCCAAGCUGCUACAGUAGAGGAGGGCUGGGGUGGAAAGAUGGGAAUUUGUCACUCCAUGAAUAGAAAGGAUGUCAUAUUUUUUUAGAGCAUCAGGUAAAAGGCUUGAAUGCCAAAUGUAUGAGAAAUGAUUGGAUAUACAGGAGAUAGGAGAUGUUAGGGAGAUUGGACAGUGAAUUUUCCUCUUCCCACCCUUUCUCAGACACAAGUGAGCGUUGAACAGUGACAUUUCCAGAUGCAGGCUGAGCAAACCACCUGGAGUCUACAGUAUGUUUUCCUUCUGAAGUGUAAAGCACACCAUUUCAGUUCAGCUCUCUGAGGCUCAAUCUUUUGUCUCAUUUCAACAAAGACGGGGAGAAAAAAGCGUUCUGUUUUAGCUCAAGUUAAAUGCAGUCGACAAGAUGAGACAGUAUAAAAAUAAAGUCAUUGUUUUGUUGACUGAUAUUAUUAAAGCUGCAGUACUUUUCAAAUGGUACAUGCCUUACUACAGUACAUUCAGUAUUCCUACAUGAUCUCACCUUAUCUGAAACACCUGAAAAUAAAGCAGUGGGUCACCCCAGUUUUCUUUUUUUUUUUUAUAAAUGUUUCAUAAUAAUGAUGAUUUGGAUGAUGAUGGUGAUGAUGAUGCUAACAUCAUCUCGGCAAACCUAGUGUACAGUCCCAGAGCAUGCUUAUGGGAGCAUCACGUGUACUGUGCUGUGUUGUCAACGUCUUUGGAAUGCAACAUUUGUCAUGGUUGUCAUUCACAGUGGAGAUGUCAUUUUGGACCAUUACCCACAACUGGGUUACCCUCCUCUGAAUAAGGAAUCAUUUUUAUACAUAAAAAGGAGUGAAACUCACAGCGAAUUGCCAUUAAGUAAUGUCUUGGUUUACACCACAAUCCAUAAACGUCAGCCAGUACUUAAAGACUUGAUGAAGCAUACAUCCCAGCACCCCGUAUUUAUUGGCCUUUAUUUAUCAGGCACCUGUUGAAGCCUUAGAUAAAUGUGAGCGGCUGGAAGAUUGUGAGAAAUUCAUGUUUCCCUAUUUGUUAAACUUCCAAUCCAGCAAAUAUUAGAUAUAAUACUUUAUCGUUAUACUUUUCUUAAAAUAUACACCAACUCUUAUUUGCUAUAAUUGUGUAAUUGUAAUUAAGACAUAUAGCACUUUUUUACAUGUAUAAUUUCUACAGCGUGAUGUUAUGAUUAUAUAGACUCCACAGGAGAGUAUUACAUGGGGACCUCCUAUGAUUUGUGAUAAAUUAGCAUUUAAUCUGUAUUCCUUGCAAAGGAUUGUUUUCCUUUUUCUGGGUCAUGAAUUUUGAAGCUCCAUAGGAAAUGAAUAAUGAGAGUUUUAAUAGUAUUUUGGGAACAAACUUAGGCUCAUGCAGCUACUCAGCAUGGAGACCCAUUUGGAAAAGGUGCAAGCUCUGUUCCCUCAAACAGCAUAAAUGUUCAAAGUUAAUUAGGUGGAUGACAGGCAUAGAAUUUCCUAAGGAGUGCUUUACCUUUCAAUAGACCCAAUACAAUCUCUGUAGAGCCAGCACUUUAGUACGGUUAACAUUUUCUCCACAGUCCUAGAGAAAAGUGUUGCUAAUUGUUCAAUUACAUGUGCAUAUAAAUACAUUAGACACAUAAUUAAGCCAAAGUGGAUUUUGUCUCAUGAACUUAAAUAUCUUUUUGACUUAAAUCGAAGACUCUAUUCAGUUUUCAGCUUUGUUCAUCUUUAGACGUUACAUAUAGUUGCUUCUCAUUCUCCUAACAUUAAUCGAUUUUUAAAGUAAUAUUGUAACCUCAGAUCUUAGAUGAUUCAACUGCUUGAUAAAUAAGGGCCAUUGCCUCCGUUCUGUGCCUCAUCCUCAUUCAAUUACUCCUGCCAUUCUUUCCGAGGAUCCUUCAUGGUGUCAUUUGCUUUGCAUCUAUCACCUUUCAACAUGAGGUGGAGAGGACUCAAUGUAAAAUUUAUAUUUAAGUGUGUAAACUCCAUUUCUGUCUGCAGUCUCUAAAGUAUUCGUCAUAAACAGUAACUCUGGAAUUUGUCUCAUUAAUGUUAUCCUCAGCGAUGCAAAAAUAUGUAUGUUGCAUGUCAAAACUCAUAAGAAAUGAUGUGAACAACUUGAGAGAAAAAGGUGUAAUGUCUAGAAGGAAAACUACUGCAGAGGAUUCUAAAUUUAACUAAUUUGUUUUGGGUCAAUUGAUGAUUCUCUCAGCUUCAUCAAAAGUCUGGGGUGUUGCUGCAAAUGUUGUUUUUCUCAUCAGUUGAUAAAGUAUUGUUUGUGGAAUUGUUUGUGUUUUGUGAAUAUGAUAAUUUACGGCUUUUUUUUUUGUUGCCACGACCCCCCCCCCUCUCCCCUUUAUUUUUCUAAAACACUUUGUCUGUGUUACAAAAUAGAAUAUGUAAGUGCUGACUGAAAUUAAGUGGCAAGUUAAUGUACGUUAUUAAAAUGGAUUGAUCAUGUCUGCUUUAUGUACUGAAUUAUAAAAAAAGAAUUACAGUGCCUGGAUAUUUAUGAAUCAUCUAUAGAAAAAAAAUAAUAAAAUGUGUAGAGCAUGUUCAUUUUUA